AUGUACGCCUCGCAGCUGAAACAGCCAAAGCAAAAGAAGCAGAGGACAGCAGCAGGCGACGCCGCGCCCGGCAUCACCAAGGCAUCAGGUCCACUACAGUGCGCCAUCUGCCACCGCCAGUUCUCUCGCCCGAGCCACCACGAUCGACACUACCGCACACAUCUCCCACCCGAAGGCCGCCUUUCCUUGCCCUGCAACCACUGUGGCAAGGCCUUUGGACGCAACGAUGUGCUGCUCCGACAUCUGCGCACGGCGCACGGCGUCGACCCCGGUCCGCAGCCCAAGGCAGCGCAGAAGUCAUGCCAUCGCUGCGUCCACCUACGGCGCAAAUGCGACCGACAGCAACCAUGCCGUCUAUGCGCGGCCGGUGGCGCCAUUUGCCAGUACCCACAGGCAGACGCAAGAACUCAGCCGGCUACAACGACACAAACACAGCAAACGGAAAUAAUCAUGACCGCAUACACUAUACCCGAUCCGCACGGCAUGGCUUCCCCAGAUAACCAAGCACAUGUGGCCAUGUGUGCCGACGCACCGCCCCCUUUGUUCCAGGGUAGCAACAAUGUCGACAACAGCUACAACGCCCACCAGGUAACCUUCGGUGCUGGCCUCGCAAGCCUGGAUGCCAUGGACAUUGCGACCGGUGCUGCAGCGAAUGACAGCAAUGGUGGGCCAUAUCUCAACGGCAAUGGCUACGACGGUUCAGCCGUGGCGACAAACGGCUGCAGUCCCUCAUUCUCUGACGACCUUUACAUUACUGCCGACACUAUGCCGUUUGUGGCGUCCCUGUCGGCUGCAGGCCAGCUGGACUUUCGAACUGCAGGCCUCGAUUGGCUCGACUUUGACGUUCCUGAUAUUUUCAGCACAGCUGACAGCACGGGCAUGUCUGACAUGGAUCCAAGCGUGACGAGCCAACAACAACAGCAGGCACAGCAACCACAGCAUCCAAACCAGAGCCAGGGACCACAAUAUCAGCCACAACAGCAACUAUCCAACCCACCGCCUCCACCUCCUCCUCUCCAGCAACAGGAACAGGCUCAACCACCGCAUCUGCACCAUUCCCCUACUGUUACUCACUCUCGCCAACUCUCACAACUCCAAGUGCAACAACCACACAACAUACAACGUCCAAUGGAACACCCGCCGAGUGCUCACCAAACCAACUAUCCUACCAACCACCCUCCCAGUAACAAUGGCAAUGCUCUUGGUCAACAUACCCGCCCCACACCGACAUCCGUCCUGCCGUGGCCAUUUGAUGACACACCAGACCACCUUGCACCACACCGGUAUUCGUUGCCUCCUCUGCGCGAAAUCUUGCAGAACACCCUUUCUCAGUCAACGAACCCAACGCCUCCGAAUAAGUCAAUUCUGGCCAGCCUGGUCGCACUCAUGUCGGACACACGCAUUCCGCCGGCCGUUGAAGUUGCGCCUAUCGAUGCUGAAGAGACCGCCUCUUCGGGCUAUUGUCAACAGCCAAAACCGGCCGGUAACAAUGCCAACAACGCCAGCGUCCCCACAGCACUCUCCAUCGCAAAUAUGGACGCAGGCAUGGCUCACGCAGCGAACCUGCUUAAGCAGCUGGUCGACACCUACGUCGCGAAGUUCCAACCCAUCCUGCCACUGCUGCAUGUUCCCACGUGGGACCUGGCUUCUUGCCCGCCAGUACUUAUAUCGGCCAUGGCUUGCGUGGGCAGUCUGCUGAGCGAUGAUGAACAGGUCGCGGGCCUAACCUGGUCUAUCAGCGAUAUUUGCAUGCCAAUGAUUGCCUGGCUGGGGUCUUCCGACAGUGCGAACUACCGCGACAUUGCCUACUUGAGCGCCCUGUGUGUACACCAGAUCUACUCACUCGGCUCGGGCAACCGACAAUUGUACCAAAACGCCGACCGCACGCGCGGCAUUCUGGUCGGCGGUCUACGUGGUAUGGGCUGCUUGACGACGCGACUGAGCCUGGAGGACAAGCUGGAGCAAGAGCAGAACAAUACUACACGCGCCUCGGUGGGCAACAGCACAACGACAGCGACGCACCCAUCGAUGCCCACGCUCCCAGCAGACCCCGCAACACAGCACGAACAAUGGAUGGCAUGGGUGCGGCGUGAGCGUGAAAAGCGCACAGCUUGGUCGUCGUUUGAGUACGACUGCAGCCUUUGUACACUGACAGGACGUCGUGGUGCCGUCGAUCUGAGCGAGUUGCCGAGCCGGCUGCCGUGUGCCGAGACGCUGUGGGAUGCACCGUCUGCUACUGCCUGGGCGGCGCUGCGCACACGGCUCCACCCGGAUGCACAGGGAGCACCAGUGUCGCUGGUUCUCAAAGCUGCGCUCUCACAAAAUGCAGACGAUGCGGACGACGGUAUGGGCGACGCCAAUGACAGCCACGGCGAAGAAGACGACAGCGACGAUAGCAUCGGCGACAGCUGCACAUAUGUGGAGACUGACAGAGACACGCCACGCGUGUUGCUGCGAGCGUCGGCCAAAACCAAGACGGCGCCUGGAUCCUACGGCACAACAAAAGCCUCGCCGCAAGUGUCCUUCUGGGGCAAACGGCUGUGUGCACAGGUGAUUGGCCGGCUGCUGUGGGACUUGAAGCAGCUCGAGACGCUGUCGACGUCCGAGUACUUUGGUAUGCCGUCGCUGUCCACCGCCCACGCCGCCAAUAAAGUGCGCCUCCUGCGGUCGCUAGACAAUUUGUUGGUGUCCAUGGAUCAACCAGCCACCGUGGCGGACCUCAUCAGCUACAACAUUGCCAGCCUCAUCGGUCACUACUCGCACCUGUACACGGCGCAGGAUGUUUUGGACAUUAUGCUGUACAUUGUGCGCAACACGGUCGCCCACGGACCACGCAAACUGCAGCACCACAAAGGCAUCCAAAUGGCCAAGCGGCGACUCGUGGCGACUCUGUCCCGCGACCCACAAGAAGCACGGCGGCUGGUGUAUCAUGCGGCGCAGAUUGUUGCUGUCGCCAACGAUUACCUUGUGUCAGCACCGUGUGAAAUUCUGCGGCUGUUCAUGGGCUACACAUUUUUGAUUGUCUUUGCCGCCCACUGUCCCAGUAGCCACCGGUUCCAGAUGCCGCCAACACAGCAAGCAACUGCCCAAACACGACCGGGACGCACACCAUUCAAUUCGCCCUUGUCCUCCCUGCCACUAUCGUCGUCUAUGCCUCUACCAAUGCCGACCCCAGUGGCUUCUUCUCUGGGAGGUGUCACUCCCUCGACGGUCGCCGCCAUUCAACUCGACAUCCCCUCCCACCGGAUUGCCAGUACUGCCGAUGUCGACAACUGGAUUGCACAUGGCGGGCCUGCGGCGAUUGGCUCUGUGCCCAACCUAUUUGCCGACGGUGGCGCACUGGCCAUCAGCCGUGACGCACAGGCGAUGCUGCAGCGGCUCAAGUGCUGGGGACUGGCGGAAAAGUUUACCAAAAUUUUGCAGAGUUUUGAAGCGACGAUGCUAGCGGGUAACCAUACUGGUGGGUCAAGUCACAGUCACCGUGACGCACAGACGCAGGGCUGA